AUGGUACUCUGUCCAAUUUGUGAGAAGUCUGUGUCACAGCUCAAAAUCAACGACCACAUUGAUUCGGGCUGUCAAAUCUUUGUGGAAGAGCCCUCGUCUUCCCCGAGCGAUCAACCGUCAUCUCAGAGAGGACCGGUUCCCAGCAUCUUCCAGCCACAAUCCGCACGAAAGGCCCAGAGCCAGUUCAGCCAGACCAAAGAGUCCCCUUCACGUUCGAGUAUAGCUACUCCACGACCGGUCAAUGGCAAACGAUCCUUGGCACAAGAUUCGCCGCUGCCCCAAGAACACAAUGGCGUGAAACAAUCAUAUGGAGAGGCAGGAGAGCCACAAGCCAAGCGGCCAAAGGUCAAUGCAUUCCAGAGGGCAGCCCCGCUGGCAGAACGAAUGCGCCCAAAGACUCUGGAUGAAGUCUGUGGUCAGGAGCUGGUCGGCGAGAAUGGGGUCCUCCGAGGCCUCAUUGAACAGGAUCGGGUGCCCAGCAUGAUUCUGUGGGGGAGUGCCGGAACAGGAAAGACAACCAUAGCCCGUGUGAUUGCCUCGAUGGUUGGAAGUCGAUUCGUGGAGAUCAACAGUACUAGCUCCGGUGUCGCAGAGUGCAAGAAGAUCUUCGCCGAGGCUCGCAGUGAACUCGGCCUCACCGGGAGAAAAACGAUCAUCUUCUGUGAUGAAAUCCAUCGGUUCUCCAAAUCACAGCAAGACGUGUUCCUAGGCCCCGUGGAAAGUGGUCAGGUCACUUUGAUUGGUGCAACGACGGAGAACCCAUCCUUCAAGGUUCAAAAUGCAUUGCUUUCGCGGUGCAGGACAUUUACCCUGUCCAAACUGACAGAUGAGGACAUUGUUUCCAUUCUGCAGCGAGCACUACGAAUUGAAGGCCCAAACUAUUCUCCCUCGGAAUUGGUCGAUGAUGAGCUGAUCAAAUAUCUCGCUCGAUUCGCUGAUGGCGACGCUCGAACCUCACUCAACCUACUCGAACUUGCCAUGGACUUGUCGAAACGACCGGGUAUUACUACACAGGACAUCAAGCAAGCUCUGACCAAAACCCUUGUGUAUGACCGUGCUGGUGAUCAACAUUAUGAUACGAUAUCAGCGUUCCACAAAUCCAUUCGAGGCAGUGACCCGGACGCGGCACUAUAUUAUCUUUCGCGCAUGAUCCAGUCCGGGGAGGACCCUCUUUACAUUGCUCGGAGACUGAUAGUUGUUGCUUCAGAGGACAUUGGUUUGGCCGAUAACAGCAUGUUGACCCUGGCAAUCUCCACCCACUCCGCGGUGGAAAAGAUCGGCCUGCCAGAAGCCCGCAUCAACCUGGCCCAUGCAACGGUGGCAAUGGCCUUGUCAAAGAAGAGUACAAGGGCAUACCGAGGUCUGAACAGCGCAUUUGCUGCAUUAAACGAACCUGGUGUUGCAGGGCUGCCUAUUCCCAUUCAUUUGCGAAAUGCUCCCACCAAACUAAUGAAAGAGCUCGGCUACGGCAAGGAGUACAAGUACAACCCGAAUUAUCUCGAUGGUGAAGUGCAGCAAGACUACCUCCCGGAGAAACUUAUAGGACGCACCUUUCUAGAGGAUUUGGACCUGGGCACGCGAAGGGAUCCCGAUUUGCAAAGCUCAAAAAAGUCUCCAUUUUAA